GGUCAUUCCAGUCUUGGCUUUCCUAAGGUGAGGUCCUCCGGCCUUCAGCUGUCUCAUACGGACGAACAACGCUGGUGAAGUUCAGUCUACUGAUACGCAGUAUGGGGCCUAUUUCUGAGAAGGAUAUGAAGUACUCCAUGGAGUGUUACCUGCGACAGGAGUGGAGUGACGACCGCCUGCGGUUCAACGGGCCGCUGGAGCAGCUGACUCUAAACAUCAAGAUGCUGGAGGCCCUCUGGAAGCCCGACACUUAUUUCCACAACGGCUUGGGCUCGUACGUGCACAUGACCACCCGUCCUAACAAGCUGAUUAGGAUUAAUCAGAGCGGAGAUAUCCUCUACUCUAUGAGGUUGACUAUCAAGGCGAAGUGCCCCAUGGAACUACGCAAUUUUCCUAUGGACAAGCAGUCGUGUCCCCUCGUUAUCAGCAGCUACGGGUACACGGAGAAAGAUGUGAAAUUCGUGUGGGACAAGAAACUAGUCAGCUUCGUACCCGGAAUGGCGCUCAGUCAGUUUGAGAUCCUCAAUACCAAGUGCUCUAACUACUCCGUCAGAUGGCGCUCUAGCAAAGGAAUGUACUCGGCGCUGAGGGUCAACUUCAACCUGUCGCGGAGUGCCGGCUACUUCCUCAUCCAGGUGUAUGUGCCGUGCAUCCUGAUCGUCGUCCUCUCCUGGGUCUCUUUCUGGAUCAACAGAGAAGCCACCAGCGACCGAGUCGGACUGGGUGAGAGAUUGUGAGAGAGAUUGUGAGAUUG